GCCUCCCCGAUUAUGGUUUUUACUCCACGCCCAGCGACCAGAGGGGCGGCCCCUGCUCCUUUGCGGACUAUGGGUCCCUGGGGCAGGCAGCUCAGAUGCUACACACUGAGCAUGCGACCUCGGCCUGCAACUCCCCUCUCCAACACAUCCACAGUCCGGACCCCUUUAAGAGCCCAGGCGGUAACCCCUCCCGACCCGGUGGGUUCCCGGGGGCCAACAGCCCGGGCCCCGUAGCCGACCUGUACGGACCCAGCAGCCAGGAGUCCGCUGUGGGGAACUACAUCAGCGCCGCCAGCCCCCAGCCUGGAGCCGGCUUCGGCCCCAGCAUCACUGGCCCGUUGAUUGCGACAGCUUUCACAAACGGAUACCACUGAGCCGUGGCUCGGUCGCACCAGAGAGCGUGUCUGGUGUGGUGAGGAAGACGAGCUGAGGUGUGUAGUUGGCUGUAUGUUCGGGGGCCACCAACACCUCGGCCCUGCCACAACCCCACCCCCAAUCCCCCGCCCCCCCCCCCACCCACCCCUCCCACCGGAAGACCCCGGGGAACCCCAGACCGUACGAAGAAACGAAAAGAAAAGAAAAAAAAAAGUUAGUCAUCUCAGAAAAAAAGGAACACCUGCUGUACUAUAGACCUCUAGAAGCUAACCUGGUUUGGUAUGUUUCCAAUCGACUUCACUCAUCUUCUUCCUUCCUUUUGUUCGGACCUGUUGAUAGAGAGUCGUUUCAGUUGAUCUAUCGUUUCUCGUGUCAUUUCCUUUGACCUGAUAGUAUACUUGUGGAAAUGGGUUUUGUUUGAAUUCGGGGGGUGGGAGUUACAGCCAAGAAUAUUUGCAAAGUCAUGUCUUCACUUUUUUAUCGAUUCUAGUAAGGAAAAAAAAUAAUAAUUGGAGAAAUGUUGUGUCUAUGCACAAAAAGCCAAUUGAGAGUGAAAAGACUGAAAAUUAUUUAAUUUUAAAUUCAAUGAAAUUCAAUGAAAUUGCAGAGGGUCUCUUAGUCAUAAUUCUAAGUAGCGGUUUUAAUUCUUGUGACGUCUCAUUGUUAACCAUAAUUACCUAUUUUCGGGCAAUACAAAGAGGACUCCAAUAUUUUUAUGGUCCUUUUUUAUAAGUGUUGUUUUGUUGAUUAGAAAAUAUAUAUAUAUGCUAUAACAAAUUUCAUAUAACUACAUUGUGAAUUCAAACUUGAAGAAAAGAAAUGUAGCUGUACAUAUUAUUCCAGUCACUGCAUAUAACCAACUUAAUGAGAGAAUAGCAUAUUUUUGUGAUGGUGUGUCAAAGAAAAUGUUAUAGCGUGUGAAUAGAAAAAAAAAAAGAAAAAUCCGUAAACAAUUAUCGUCCUACUGCUGGAAAACGGAAGCCAGUGCGACAGAACACAAGCUCUGUGUAUAUACUCUGCUGAAUAAUUUUACAAGUGUCAUACCAGCAAAUUUUCAAAUGGUGAGUAAAGCAAAGCAAGCGCAGUUUUGACGACGAGAAGGUUCCUCGCUGGCAUCUUUGGUCUCACUGUUAAAGAUAUAAUUUCAAAGAUGAAAAAAAAAAAGAUUGAAUCCAAAGCACACCGUUCCUUGGGCCGUAUUUACUCAACAGUUUGCCGAGCCGCUACAGCGUUUGCGUGUCCGAUAAAAGCACUGCUGAUCCACCCAUAUGUGUGCACAAUUCUGCGUACAACGCAAAAUGGCGUCCGAUAAGCGUCCGAUGUCGUUAGGACAUCGGGUAAAGAUGGUCGUUAGUCAGAGCGCCGGAGUGAUGUGAAAAAUGUGUUUGUUCAAAUUAGCCGCCACAAGGUUGUUUUGCUGAACUGUGUUGUGGCCGUUUAAAAUAGGUUUACGUUUUUGUUCGUUUUAUUACAUUUGUUCCUUUGGUAUUUGUUACGAUUCAUAGUAUAUAAAUUGUAUGUGUUUUAACCAUCCAAAAACGUACCUAUAGCCUACUAUAUUUCACACGUAUACUCUCGUCAAAUAUGUUUCGAUUAUUUAUUUGUGCACAUCUUUGACAAUGAACGUGACAUUGUCUAUUAAAAAAGAGGAUUCUCUCUUCCACAUUUUCUAUCACGUGAGAGGGAUGUAAGAACAAAUGGCCAUAAUUCUUUGUUCCAUUUUACAUCAAACCUUUCAGCAAUAUUUUCCGAGCAGAAGAAUACAGCCUAUUUAUAAUCGUUUUUGGCUACCUCCUCCAUUAGAACGUGUAGAUAGCGAAAACCGUCCAGCAAAUUACUUUUGAGUUAAUGUUCUACAUUCUAUUCUCCUCCUUGCAGUUAGGUAAUCUUCGCAGUUUGUUACACAAAGUAAAAGAACCGCACACACACCACGUAAACCCGCCAGUAAACUGGGAAGCUGCCCUCUCAAAAGGUUUUAGCACGGUAGAAUUCGGCGCGUGCUUCCUGGUAAAUACGGCCUGUAGUUAUGACGAUUUGAACUUGAAGCAGCAGGCGUUUCACCGUGCUCUCUGCAUCCUUUUAUACUCUGGAGGGAGAACGCGGUUUGUUUGUCCCAUGUUAUCGUUUGUUCCUGCUGGACACAACUCCCGGGCUGCGUGCUAGGGCCUUUCCCCGGCGAUCUCUCCCUCACUUCCUUCUGAAUGAAUUAGGAACCAUUUUGAUACCAUACCUCAAGACCUGUGAGUACAGCUGUGGAAUCAUUGGCAGGAUUAACUUAUUCUAGCGCGGAAAUUGAUUAAUUUAUUCUUGCGCGGAAACGUACCGAGACAUUGAAAGUUCAAGUGGGUAAUCAUUGCACUGUGAGUAGUAAAGUACAGGCCAAUUUCUAUUUGCACAUGUAUAUGUUGGCUUUUUACAACGGUCCUGUGCUAUGGGUAUGUCACCGAGGAUUUGGGGUAGUUUACUCUGAACAAGACAUGCUCUCCAGAGCUUUGAGGUGGGUAAAUAGUGUGUUAACUAGUGCGUAAUAUAUAGCAGUGUAUUGAGGUAAUGCCUUUAAAUUCCAUUAUGUGUACGACCCAUCUAAGAUAUUUAUACAAAACCAAUACAAGACACUGAUUCUUUUUGCUGUUUCUAAGUUGCUAAUUUCUACACAAUAUGUUGGUACUGGUUUUCGAUUGAACCAUCGAGGGACUUUUAAUAAUAUGCUCCAGGGUGCAGUGGGUUUUUUUUAAACAUGUUGGUGAAAUGAAUGGUAUGUACUCCAAAACGCUACCUGUUGCAUAUGUAUCUGUUGUUCAAUUUUACCCAGUUUUGUCUUACUUGCUCUUUUGUUCCGAAAAACCAGGUAAAAAAAAGAUUUAAUAAUAAUAAUAAUAAUAUGCUGGAUGCUUUUACAGUCAGUGAUAUAAAGGUGUGAUCAAGUAAUAAUUUAAAUAAGAAAUUACCCUUGUAAUGUUCAAAUGUAAAAAAAAGAAAAGAAAUACAAAACUAUAAAAAAAAGAAAGAGAUGCUUCUUUGCUGAUUUCAAUUUUAAUCAAACUGAUUAUUGAUACUUUGUGGUUAAUAUUAAUAAUUGUAAUAUACUAUUAAAUUGUACUGCACAUCUAUUUAUUUCCCUCUUUCCAUUCCACAUCACCCCAAAAAAAACGAAUGUUUUUUGUUCUUCAUGGCGUGUAAAGAAGUCGCAUCACCUUGUAAACAGAGUGCCGAGUGCUACCUCGUUCCUCUCACCUUUGAUCGCCCGGCUGGCUGUUCCCUGUCCCCUGUCAUCACCCUGGGUGUCGUGUGCGUCUUAAUAGUAUCAUAUUUACUGCAGUAGUAGAUAGAAGUUCCCCUAUGGGUCAUGUUUAAUACUAGCAACAAAAUAACCACAAAAAAAGCUAAUUUGCUAGAAGUAGGUUUUUUCUCUGAACUAAGCGAGUUUCCGCACGAUCUCCCAAUGGUUUCCAAUCAACCAAAGUACUCGUGGAUGGAGACUGUGGCUGUAAAGAUGGACCGGAACAAAAGGCAUUAUUUGGAUGCCCACCCUCGAAUGUUUUCCUAAGGGUGUGCCAUACUACCUUAAAAGCUAACGCUAGAUAUGCAAAAUAUAUAUUUGUUUAAUUUACUGGGGACACAAGCUAUAAUUAUCAAAAAACAAAUAAGAAGGUAGCAUUAAAGAACAUUUUUAUUUUUUUAACAAGUUCUCACAGACCCAGAAUGAUCACAUUAGUUAUAGUGUUCAAUAGAAGUUAUCAAUACCGUUGAUAGAUAAUAAAAGCAUCUCUAUCAGUAAUAGUAAUGUUAAAGUAAUCUUUGACACUCAUCUCUACUCACUAAACUAUUUUAAUCUGGGUUUUUUGUUUUUAUUACUAUGAAGAUAUGUUAAUAUUAGCUCCUUGGAAACACCAUUUUAUUUCAGUUGUAGACAUUAUUCAUAAAGAGUCGCAGACGUCGUAAGACUAAUGGAGGCCAUUACCAUAACGCAAACCGCCUUUUUCAUGACAAACACAAACAUUUGCUGUCGUUUUACCAUCGUAUGGCUCAGUCUUUAUUCAGGCUGAUUAUUGGAGGGUUUUUACCAAGUUUGACUUGAACAUAACAUCUCCGCAGACACAGGGGACAGCACUGAAGAGCGGGGGGCGAAUCACACAAGCAUUAGGAAUAUAAAACGGGUGCCGUCGAAAAUUGAGUGACAAUAAAAUCUGAUGCCAUUAUGGUGUCAUAAAAGUGGCCCCAACGCUGCAGCAGCGAGACGCCAGAGAGAUCUCAGCCCUAAUGUCCCCCCGAGAGGAGGCUGGAGGGCGGCAUGCCCACUGGGCGGCCGCGGGCCAAAAGGUUCACAGCGGGAGCCUUUUAUUAUAUUUGGUUAAAAUGCUAAUUCUUAGGUAAAUAUAGCUAAUAAAAACAACAGCAUCAGAAGCCUGUGUUGACGGCAGCGGCCCCUUCCCCUGUUCCGAGGAGGGUAUCUCGACUCCUUCGCUUCAGUGGAUGUCACGGUUCACGUGCCUCGACUAAUUUGCGGUUAAUCAAAUUAACAGAAUUAAAACAAUUUGCUACACAGCUAACCUGGCUGGCGUUCCUCAAGCACAACGGACGCUGUUUGGUUUCAGGAUAGCGCAAAGCUAUUGGCACAGCUUUUAUUAACUGGAGUUAAGAAGUCGGGAUUGUACAUUGUUUCAGUUUUCCACUGUUAGCCGUUCGGGGCAGUUAGCAUCAUUGGGGCCCCGUAGGGCAUUUCACCUUGGGGACAGAAAACUUUAGUCCGCCCAUGGUGCGGGGAAAACAAACCGACCGUCGUUGUUGCUAUGUGUGUUUGUUAAAUAGAUAUACUUGUUUAAAUGUUUGGCAAAUAUCCCUUUAAUUCAUUCAAAAGAUAUGUUGAUACUGUAUUCAACUCAAACCUCAUCCACGAUGAAAUGUUAAUUUGUUAGUUAGGAAAAUGUAUUAAAAUUAGGUUAGCACUUACGCAGAAAAGCAAUAAAUGAAUGAAAGGAAAACAUUUCAUGUACUGAAAUCCAUUACUUUAAUAAACUGUUUAUAAAAAACAUGACAACUACCAAAAACUUUUCAAAUGUCAUGAAAACGUACAUCGAACGUCAUCAAUACUAUUCAUAGUUUUAGAGAAAUAAGUAAGGUAAUUACAAUGCUAAAAACAAAUGUCUGUUUUAUUUAUAAUAAAAUCUUUAACUAAAUAUAUAGAUGUACGUAUAUCAUCCACAGUUUUGAGAGUUAUUGAGAGUGUUUUAUUUUAACUUUCUGUUGGAAACUUUGUCUUGUUCAGCUUUUGCCUUAUCCCUUCACUGGUUUAUCGUUAAAUUGUAUUAUCGAGUAAGAGGCUGUAAUAUAAUCACACAAAUCCUAGUGUAGCUCCUUCACCUUCAUUUUCAGUUUCAUAUAGCAUAGAAAUACUAGAGAUGACUGAGAUAGAUUAAUGAUAAUGCCUCAUAAAUAUAACAAAAACAAAAGUUGGAGAAUCUGGAUGUCACGUAAUGGUUUUUCCAUUCCAUCUUUUCUAUUGAUGAAUGGUUUCUGUUUUUGUUUCCGUUGUGUGGUAGCGCGGUCUUUAAGGUAGCAUGGCACCGUGGCAGUAAUCGUGUUUUGUGUUGACAGUGACACACAGCUAAUGAAUGUGAUACAUCUUACUAGGCUAGUUUAUCCAUUUAGAGGAGGGUGUAGUUGGUCUAAUGACGUUAUCAGAAGAGGAGGUACGGCCAGGCGGACGCCAGCCGACCACUUAAUCCACUUAAACUUGAAUCUUAGGCAAGUGCCCGGCCCUUAGUGCUCGGCCUAACAGUGUACCCCUAAAACAGAUCGGGGGUCCCCUCCUCAAACCAAAACCCCUCCAUGUUGCAUCAUAUUGCACUUGUAUCUGCCUUCAGAAAACAGACUCUCAACCAAUGCAAGCUGACAAAGGUUUUCAUCUGUUCUGAUGAACGACAGAGACAGAGAGACAGACAGGCAGACAGACAGACGGACAGGCGAGGCCUAUAGGUUCUUUUGUAGCAAUGAACCCCAGAGCAAACAUGUUGUUGACAUUGGUGCUAGUCAUUAAAUAUAGAAGAUAAUAACGAUAAUACGUGCGCUUAACUCGCAGCAAAACCCAUCCGAUAUUGUACCACUACUGAAGCCUGAGCUCUUGUUUCAAGGUGUAUCCGAAAAGACUUCUUUAUGUCCAUCCAAGCAGAAUAGGCAUCCCAGCAUCCUCCACCACCAUGCCUACUCCCCUCGUCCUCCACCACCUCCACCCUCCAUCCCAACAGUGCACCGUCCACCCCAUGGUCAUCACUCUUAAAAAAGAAAUAAAGGACCUCAACCGUUUAUGUUUCACGCACACAAACACGCAUACGCACACACACACGCGCACACGCACACACUUCACCCGGUCGUCACGGUCCGAGCGGGAACACACCGUGUGGCUCCGCCCUCGUGGCGGCUCGCCAAGGCGGCGGGUCGGUGAUCAACAGUCAUUACCCGGUGUGUGUGUGUGUGGGUGUGUGUGUGUGUGUGUCUGUGUGUCUGUGUGUCUGUGUGUGUGUGUGUUGUCGCCCCCUGCUGUGAGCCCCCUCACAGCUCUCCUCAGUGGGCUCCUGAUUUGCCUUGUCCAUCUCAACAACUCACCCCCGUUUUAUUUCAUUUGGAUUAUUAUUAUUAUUAUGUCAAGCAACUUUUUAUGGCGAGAGUGGCCCCUGGAAGCAUCUCCCAGGGGACCCAAGCAACGAUCUCACGCCGUUAUUAAAAUAUACUGGAAGUGGAUAUGGGGGUCUCAUAUUUCAAAUGUGGAAAGUCUAAUUUUAUAUUUGUAUUUUCAAAAAAUAAUAAUAACAAUAAUAACGACAAAAAUGUUUGUGAAAGGUUUCCAUCCUCUACUGUGGUCCAGAAAUUGAUGUGUCUGUCUGGAAAAAAAAAUCAAUAAAAUGAAUUGUUAUAA